AUGCAUCACUCUGAAGAUGAUAAAUCCGAAAGGGAAGAAGCAGUCAUGGCUGCAAGUUUAUUUGAUGAUAAUACAUUUACAAUGCCGCUUGAAUUAGUAGUUGUCAGGAUGAUUCGCUUAGAUGUACCUGAUAAACGGAUUACGAUGACUUCGUCAGCAGAUCCUUCAAAUAUUUUGGAUGCAUUCUGUCCAUGGCAAAAGUCCAUGAAUCCAGGUGAUGAUAAUCAUCCCAAUCAUCACGACUUAGCUAUAUUUCUGACAAGAGUAAAUAUAUGUACAAAUCCCCAUAACUGCGGAUUUCUGGGAUUGACUCGUCUAGGUGGAGCUUGUGAUCCAAAUACAUCAUGCGCAGUUUGCAUAGAUGUUGGACCAAAAGUGGGCGUAAUAAUGGCACAUGAAGUAGGCCAUAGUUUAGGUAUGUCUCAUGAUGGUCCAAAAGACUCUGGAUGCUUGCCAACAGACAAACGAGGAUUUAAUCGUGUUAUGGCUCCUAACAUUUCUGUGCAUACAGAAAGUUGGUCAAAUUGCAGUGUAGAAUAUUUUAAAAUAUUCAUAGAUAAUAUGUAUGGAGAUUGCUUAAUUGACGAACCAGGAGAACAUGAUUUUCCUUUUGCCUUUCUAUUGCCGGGCGUGAUGUACGACGGAGACUAUCAAUGUAAACAAAUAACGAAUAAUAAGCAUGCGCAAAUGUGCGAUACAGGUGUGACGUGCGAUAGUUUGAACUGUUAUAUUGAUAAUGUCGGGUGCAUUGAAACUCACAUUCCUCCAGCAGAUGGCACUGCAUGCGGCGAGAAAAUGUGGUGCUACCAAGGAGAGUGUAUAACAGUCGGAAAACGACCUGACGCCGUUGAUGGAGGCUGGGGUCCUUGGAGUAGUUGGGGAGAUUGCUCUAGAACAUGCGGUUCAGGAGUUCAGAAUUCUGUUAGGUACUGUGAUACGCCGUCUCCAGAAAAUGGAGGUGAGCCUUGUAGUGGAAUUAGCAAAAGACACAGGAUAUGUGCUACAGAGCCAUGCGAAUUUGGCCAACCUUCAUUUCGGGAUCUUCAAUGUGCAGAAUUCAACAACUGGAUUUAUCCAGAAGAUGGCAAAACCCAUACGUGGAAAGGAUUUCAUAUGCAUGAUGAAAAUCCAUGUAUUCUAUUCUGCGUCAAUAACGAAAAAGUUGUCGCAUCUUUGAAACCAAAGGUGAUAGAUGGUACUACAUGUCAUCAUGGAAUACGAGAUAUUUGCAUCGGAGGCAUGUGCACGGAAAUUCCAUGUGAUUUGGAUUUGGAAUCAACGGCUGUUGAAGAUUCUUGUGGAAUAUGCCAUGGGGAUUCUUCUAAAUGCUUACUUGUACAAGGAACCAAGGAUUUCGAAGAGGCCGACGGGGCGUCAAAACUGAUUGAUCUUCCUGAAGGCGCUCGUAAUAUAAAAAUAGAAGAAACUAAGCCCACAAAAUCAAAAAUAAUGGUCAAAACUAAUGAUGAAGAAGAAUUUUAUAUAAAAGGAACAAUUCUCGGAAUGUACAGCUUGCCCGGGUCCAAAGCGUGGCUGGGCAUGAUACGUAAAGAUCAAGAGGCAUUGACUAUUCCAGGUCCAAUAAUGGAAAAACUUGGUGUCUGGCAAUCAGAAUAUGCAAACAUUUCAUGA